CUAAAAGAAAUAAGAAUGGACGUAGAGCAGAGAGUGCACAUGAUAGGAGGCCAUGGAGAAGAAAGCUAUGCAAAUAAUUCAUUGGUGCAGGGAAAUGUGAUUUCUUCUACAAAGCUCAUAAGAGAGAAAGUCAUAACUAGUCUAUAUUCCAAUACAUUUCCUAGUAGCCUCACAAUUGCAGAUAUGGGUUGUUCUUCUGGACCAAACACUUUAUCAGUGGUGUCAGAAACUAUCGAGAUUGUAGAAAAAAUUUGUAAAGAGCUAAAUCAUUUAUCUCCCAAAUACAUAGUAUAUUUGAAUGAUCUUGCAGGAAAUGACUUCAACAGUGUCUUUAAGUCACUUGACAGCUUCAAAGAGAAACUAUCUGAUGAAAUCAAAACUGAAAUCGACAAUUGCUAUUUCUUUGGAGUACCUGGUUCUUUCUAUGGUAGAGUUUUUCCUGAUCAAAAUCUGCAUUUUGUCCAUUCCUCUUUUAGCCUUCACUGGUUAUCAAAGGUUCCCGAGGGCUUAAACAAUAAUAAAGGUGCUAUUUACAUCCAAAACACGAGUCCUUCAAAUGUCAUCAAAGCUUACUAUGAGCAAUUUCAAAAAGAUUUUUCCAUUUUCAUCAAGUGUCGUGCAGAGGAAAUAGUUGAAGGGGGUUGCAUGAUUCUAACGUUUUUGGGAAGAAGAGGUGAUGAUCCAAGUAGUAAGGAAUGUUGUUACAUUCCAGAGCUUUUAGCCACUGCACUUAAUGACAUGGUCUUAGAGGGGAUUAUAGAAGAAGAUAAAGUGAAUAAUUUCAACAUUCCUAAUUAUUAUCCAUGUCCGAGUGAAGUGAAAUUUGUAGUUCUCAACGAAGGAUCGUUUAACAUGAAUCACUUGGAGGUGUCAGAAGUAGAUUUAAAUGUUUCUAUUAAUCAAAGUGGAUAUAAAUUUGCACAGGCCAUGAGAGCUGUGUUUGAACCUUUACUAGUUAGUCAUUUUGGCGAAACUAUCAUUGAAGAUGCUUUUAACCGCUAUCAAGAAAUCUUGGCAGAUCGAAUGACCAAGGAAAUAAUAAAGUCAACUUAUUUUACUAUAUCAUUGACUAGGAAAUCAUUAUAA